AUGGGCAGAGGGUCUGGUGCAGAGAAUGGAGGGAAGAGGAAGAAGAAGGACAGGGACUUGGAUGAGCUGAAGAAGGAGGUGUCACUGGAUGACCACAAAAUAUCUCUGGAUGAUUUGGGAAGACGCUAUGGAGUGGAGCUCACACGGGGCCUGACCAACGCCAGAGCAGUGGAGAUUCUGGCCAGGGACGGUCCUAACACCCUGACUCCUCCCCCCACCACGCCGGAGUGGGUCAAGUUCUGCCGUCAGCUUUUCGGCGGCUUCUCCAUCCUGCUCUGGACCGGUGCCAUCCUCUGCUUCCUGGCCUACAGCAUCCAAGUGGCCCUGGAGGACGAGCCGCCCAAUGACAACCUGUAUCUGGGUGUGGUGCUGGCAGCCGUGGUGAUCAUCACUGGAUGUUUCUCCUACUUCCAAGAGGCCAAGAGCUCCAGAAUCAUGGACUCUUUCAAGAAAAUGGUGCCUCAGCAAGCCAUGGUGAUCCGGGAGGGGGAGAAGAUGCACAUCAAUGCUGAGCUUGUGGUGCAGGGAGAUCUGGUGGAGAUCAAAGGGGGAGACCGCAUCCCAGCUGACCUUCGAGUGAUCUCCUCCAGCGGAUGCAAGGUGGACAACUCCUCUCUGACGGGAGAAUCAGAGCCCCAGACUCGCUCCCCAGAGUUCACGCACGACAAUCCUCUGGAGACCCGCAACAUCUGUUUCUUUUCCACCAACUGUGUCGAGGGUACGGCCCACGGCAUUGUUAUAGCCACUGGGGACCGAACAGUGAUGGGGCGCAUCGCCACUCUGGCAUCUGAGCUGGAGGUCCGCCGGACGCCCAUCAACAUCGAGAUCGAACACUUCAUCCACAUCAUCACGGGCGUGGCCGUCUUCCUGGGCAUGAGCUUCUUCAUCCUGUCACUCAUCCUGGGCUACACCUGGCUCGAGGCUGUGAUCUUCCUCAUCGGCAUCAUCGUGGCAAACGUGCCUGAGGGACUGCUGGCUACUGUCACUGUGUGUCUGACUCUCACUGCCAAGCGAAUGGCCAAGAAGAAUUGUCUGGUGAAGAACCUGGAGGCCGUAGAGACUCUCGGCUCCACCUCCACCAUCUGCUCCGACAAGACAGGCACGCUGACCCAGAACCGCAUGACCGUGGCCCACAUGUGGUUCGACAACCAGAUCCACGAGGCGGACACCACUGAGGACCAGACUGGUUUGGGUUUUGACAAGAGCUCUGCUACUUGGACUUCUCUGUCUCGCGUGGCCGGCCUGUGCAACAGAGCUGAUUUCAAAGCCGGACAGGAGCACCUUCCCAUCCAGAUGAGGGAGACGGCGGGGGACGCAUCAGAGUCAGCCCUGCUGAAAUGCAUCGAGGUGUGCUGUGGGAGGGUUCGUGACAUGAGAACCAGAAACCCCAAGGUGGCAGAGAUCCCCUUUAACUCCACCAACAAGUACCAGCUCUCUGUCCAUGAAGUGGAGGACAAUCCCUCUGGUCAUAUUCUGGUCAUGAAGGGAGCGCCAGAGAGAAUCUUGGACAGGUGCAGUACCAUUAUGAUCCACGGCCAGGAGCAUCCACUAGAUGAAAACUGGAGAGAUGCCUUCCAGAAUGCCUACAUGGAGCUGGGAGGACUGGGAGAGAGAGUGCUUGGCUUCUGCCACUUCAAUCUGUCUCCAUCCCAGUUCCCUCGAGGGUUCACCUUCGACUGCGACGACACGAACUUUCCCACCGAGCAGCUCUGCUUCCUGGGUCUCAUCUCCAUGAUUGAUCCGCCGCGUGCCGCCGUGCCUGACGCAGUGGGCAAAUGCCGCUCUGCUGGUAUCAAGGUGAUCAUGGUAACCGGUGACCACCCAAUCACAGCCAAGGCCAUCGCUAAAGGUGUGGGCAUCAUCUCUGAGGGCAACGAGACGGUUGAAGACAUCGCCGAGAGGCUGAACAUCCCUCUGAGCCAGGUUAACCCCAGGGAUGCCAAAGCUUGCGUUGUGCAUGGCUCGGACCUAAAGGACAUGAGCUCUGAGUACCUGGACGACCUGCUGAGGAACCACACUGAGAUAGUGUUUGCUCGGACCUCUCCUCAGCAGAAGCUCAUCAUUGUGGAGGGCUGCCAGAGACAGGGGGCAAUCGUGGCUGUGACAGGCGACGGUGUGAAUGACUCUCCAGCCUUGAAGAAAGCCGACAUCGGCGUUGCCAUGGGGAUCGCCGGCUCUGAUGUGUCCAAGCAGGCAGCUGACAUGAUCCUGCUGGACGACAACUUUGCCUCCAUCGUCACUGGAGUGGAGGAGGGUCGUCUCAUCUUUGACAACCUGAAGAAGUCCAUUGCAUACACACUGACGAGUAACAUCCCAGAGAUCUCGCCCUUCCUCCUCUUCAUCAUCGCCAGUGUUCCUCUUCCCCUGGGAACGGUGACCAUCCUCUGCAUCGACCUUGGCACUGACAUGGUUCCAGCUAUAUCAUUGGCCUAUGAAACAGCGGAGAGCGACAUCAUGAAACGCCAACCAAGGAACCCCAGAUCUGACAAGCUGGUCAAUGAGCGACUGAUCAGCAUGGCCUAUGGACAAAUAGGUAUGAUCCAGGCUCUGGGUGGUUUUUUCUCCUACUUUGUGAUUUUGGCUGAGAACGGCUUCCUCCCACACACCCUGUUGGGCAUUCGCAUCAAAUGGGACGACCGCGAAGUCAACGAUCUGGAGGAUAGCUAUGGCCAGCAGUGGACCUACGAGCAGAGGAAGAUCAUCGAAUUCACCUGCCACACCGCCUUCUUCGCCAGCAUUGUGGUUGUCCAGUGGGCCGAUCUCAUCAUCUGCAAGACCAGGAGGAACUCCCUCUUUCAGCAGGGCAUGAAGAACAGGAUCCUGAUCUUCGGGCUGUUUGUUGAGACUGCUCUAGCUGCCUUCCUCUCUUACUGCCCCGGAAUGGACGUUGCUUUGCGCAUGUACCCCCUGAAGAUCCUGUGGUGGUUCUGUGCCUUCCCAUACAGUCUGCUCAUCUUCAUUUAUGAUGAGGUCCGUAAAUUCAUUCUGAGGAGGCGCCCUGGAGGUUGGGUGGAGCUGGAGACAUAUUAUUAACAUUCAGAAAAUGUCAGUUGGAAUUGUGUGUCUGUGAGUGUGUGCGGGUGUAUGUG